CGUCGCUGUCACCGCCAGCAGGAGGCUGAGGCGGCUGCGCUUUUCCGACCGGCCUGCCGCCCGCCCGCCGCUUGCAGGAAGGAGCCGUUGCUGCUUCUGCCGCCGCUGCCGCCAUCAUGGUGCCCGGGGCAGGAUCCGGAGCCGCGGCCUGGGGGCUCUGAGCCCCCCAUCACCUUUCCCCCUCCUUCCUCUCCCGUCGUCGUCACAGCGCUGCCGCCGCCCUUCUCUCCGCAGCUUUGGGCCGCCGGUUAUUGCACUUAAGAAUGAACAUUGAAGAUAAGCUUGGAGGAUUGUUUCUUAAAUGUAGUAGCAUAGAGCAAAUGCAGUCAUCCAGGGAUAUGGUUGGAAUGGGUGCUGCAUCGGACCAGUCAGCAGUUUCUGUGGAACGGCAAGAAGCAGUGCUUCAAGAUCGGACUAUGGCACACCAAGAAAUACUUUCUGCAGAUGAAGUGUUACACGAAAGUGAUCUUCGACAGCAAGAAAUGAUCCCACAUGAUGAACUCAUGGUCCACGAAGAGACGGUGAAAAAUGAUGAUGAGAUGGAGGGACAAGACAGACUUCCUCAAGGGCUUCAGUAUGCAGUCAAUGUUCCUCAGAUCAAUGUGAAACAAGAAAUUACCUUUACUGAUGUAACAGAACAGCAGAAAAGGGACAAAAAGCUAAUACGAGAGGGUUUAGAUUUGCAAAAAAAGAAAAAAAGGAAACAGCGUUCACCAGCAAAGAUCCUUACAAUAAAUGAGGAUGGAUCACUUGGUCUGAAAACUACCAAAUCUCACAUUUGUGAACAUUGCAAUGCUGCCUUUAGAACCAACUACCAUUUACAAAGGCAUGUCUUCAUUCAUACAGGUGAAAAACCAUUUCAGUGCAGUCAGUGCGAGAUGCGUUUCAUACAGAAGUACCUGCUACAGAGACAUGAGAAGAUUCAUACCGGUGAGAAACCAUUUCGAUGUGAUGAAUGUGGCAUGAGAUUCAUACAGAAGUAUCACAUGGAAAGGCACAAGAGAACUCAUAGUGGAGAGAAGCCUUACCAGUGUGAAUACUGCUUGCAGUUCUUCUCAAGGACUGACCGUGUACUGAAACACAAACGUAUGUGCCAUGAGAACCGUGACAAGAAACCCAACAGAAGUGCCACCAAAGUUGGCCUUUUGACUCCUGAUGAAGAUCAAGGCUUCCCUAUGCCUUUGAAAGACAGCUCUUUGCCAAAGAAGAAAAGGCAAAAAACAGAGAAAUUGAAGUCUACUGGGCUGGACAAAGAAAGUGGGACAGAUAAAUCUGAACAUAAGAAAGAUAAGAAUGAUUUCUUGCCUUUGUAUGCUGGCAGUACUAAAAUAAAAGAUGAAUAUAUGGUGGCUGAGUAUGCAGUUGAGCUACCACAUCCUUCUGUCAGUGGAGGGCACUUACAAGAAGCAAAUUCUGGAGAAAUACACCCACCUAAACUGGUGCUCAAAAAAGUUAACAGUAAGAGAAGCCUAAAACAGCCGCUAGAGCAGAGUCAGACCAUUUCAUCCUUAGCUUCUUAUGAAGACAGCAAGGUUUCAAAGUAUGCCUUUGAUCUUGUUGAUAAACAAGGCCUGUUGGACUCUGAAGGCAAUGCUGAUAUUGACCAAGUCGAUACAUUACAGGAGGGUCCCAGUAAACCUGUACACAGCAGCACAAACUAUGAUGAUGCAAUGCAAUUUUUAAAGAAAAGGAGGUAUCUCCAAGCAGCUAAUAGUAAUAGCAGAGAAUAUGCCUUGAAUGUAGGCACCAUUGCCUCCCAGCCUUCAGUCACGCAGGCUGCUGUUGCAAGUGUGAUAGAUGAAGGUAGCACAGCAUCUAUAUUAGAUACAUCAGGACUGAAUGUGGAGAUUAAAGGUAACCAUGACAAAAAUGUCAUUCCAGAUGAGGUACUUCAAACACUUUUAGAUCAUUAUUCCCAUAAAGCUAAUGGCCAGCAUGAAAUAGCAUUCAAUGUGGGUGAUACUGAAGUAACUUCCAGUAUAUCAAUCAAUUCUUCUGAAGUGUCAGAGGUCACACAAACUGAGAAUGUUGCAUCAAGCUCUCAAGGUUCCUCAUCCGAUAAAGCCAGUAUGUUACAGGAAUAUUCCAAGUUUCUUCAGCAAGCUUUGGACAGAACUAGCCAAAAUGAUGCCUAUUUGAACAACCCAAGCCUUAAUUUUGUGAGUGACAACCAGACUCUUACAGGGCAACCAGCAUUCUCUGCUAUAGACAAACAGGUCUAUGCAUCUAUACCUGUCAACAGUUUUCGAUCAGGAAUGAACUCUCCAUUAAGAACAACUCCAGACAAGUCUCAUUUUGGACUUAUUGUUGGUGAUUCCCAGCACUCUUUUCCCUUUUCAGGUGAUGAGCCAAAUCAUUCUUCCUCAUCCUCUACCCAGGACUUUUUGGAUCAAGUGACUUCUCAGAAGAAAGCAGAGGCACAGCCUGUUCAUCAAGCGUAUCAAAUUGGUUCUUUUGAGCAACCAUUCAGGGCUCAGUACCAUGGAACAAGAGCUGGAAUAUCAUCUCAGUUUAACACUGCUAAUGGACAAGUGAAUCUCCGGGGACCAGGGACAAGUGCUGAAUUCCCAGAAUUCCCCUUGGUGAAUGUAAAUGAUGCUCGAGCUGGGAUGAACUCUUCACCUGAUGCCACAACAGGCCAGACAUUUGGCUAACAAAAUCUGUAAAAAUAACAUUGGCACUUUAGCACAGGUCUGUUGAUAGUAAGAGUAGUCUGUAUAAAAUGGAGUCCUAUACAGAUUUAAGGCCUUGUGUUAUAAUGAAAAAGUAAGCUGGUACAGCAUAUUGGUAACUACUUUUUUGGGGUUAAUUGCCAUUCUUUUUGAAUUGCCUUAUGUGGUUGUCCACUGAAAAGGCAAAUGGUUAUUUGCUCAUUUGAGAUCAGGAACUUGCUACGUUGAGAUUUAAUACAAGACGAAACAAACCAAAAAUCCCAGAUAAGAUAUCUCUCCUAUAAUAAUUUCCUAGUUUGGUAACAUUGAUUAUUUGGGGGGAAUUAUAAUUAUGAGGAUAUUCAUAUUGGAAUUUCCUAAUUAGUUAAUCUAGCCAUUGCACUUCAGCAGGGAAUAUGAAUAGACUGUACAGACAAAAUAAACUCAAACAUUUAAAUGUCAGGAGAUUAUGGCUUGACAACUAUAGUGCAUUCUGGGGGAAAAUACCAUUUUAUCAACUCUCUUAAAAAGUAAUAUACAUAAUCCUUUUAUUGGUUUCUUUCCAUUUCAUCUUACUACAUUUUGAGAAAGGUAAUGAUGUUUGCUAAACACACUCCCCUAUUUAAAUGUCCAAUUAAUUAAAAGUAGUUUAAAAGCAAAGUACCUACUGUUAAUGCGUUUACUUCCUUCCUGAAGUAUUGCAUAUUUCUUUGUACCUUCAAAGUUGAACAUAACUUUUCAUUAUUUUCCCCCUAAUGAUCAGUAUCAAGGUGGUUAGGUUUUAGCUAAAAUGCUUUGUAGACGACAUUCCCAGUUUCAUAAUGUUUAUAUGAAUGGUAAACUUCAGGAUUUAAACGUUUAAUUGUACUUCAUCCUACAAAUCUGCAAUAAUUAACAUUGGAGCACUUAGAUUAUUUACAAUAUUUUUUUCUUUCUCAAAAAUAAAACUAUUUUAGAUCUUUAGGCUCAAUGUGGCUGCAUCAUUAUCACCUUGCAUAACAACAGAAAGUUUUUUUUUAAUGAAAAUGAAUGGGAUGCCUUAACAUUCGCACAAAUCGGAUUUUCUCAUCCUGGAACUUUUGGCAAUUCCAUUUGUUAAAUAUAGUAAAUUGCCCUAGAAAGUGGAGGAAGUAGACAUUCUUGCUGCAUAUCUUACCUUAAUGAAGAGUUUCACUGCGGUUUUGCCAAACACUGCUAGUCAGUAAGGACAAGUGACCAAAAGAUUAAUGGUCAAAAAAUUUAUUGCAUUUCACAUAUUAAUAAACUGUAAACUUUAUCCCUCUCCCAUAUAGAUGUUUUAAUAAUAGAUUGUCUUGAGUUAUACAGUGUGGUGAAACAAUGAGUUCUGUAUACAGUUUUAAAAUGGUGUGGUUUGACUUAACAUAAAUGUUGGGAUAAUUUAACCAUUUUUAAAAUUGAAACUUUUUUCAGUCUAUUGUACAUUCAUUAAUGGGCUGUUUUAAGAUAAACUUUAGACAGUGUUUUACCUAAAGGCUGAGUGACAGAAACAUAGAUGUUUCCCCCAAAAGAUGUUACUCAUCUAGGCAGAAAAGGGGGAUGCAUAUAUUGUUUUAGAGUAUUAUGCCUGCUUAACAUCUCUCACCAAAUACAUAUAGCCCAAAUGAUACCUCACUCACUCACUCACUUACUCAAUGAAUUUGGUAUUGAAAAACAAAACUGCAAUUCCCAGGGAAUUUCUCACUUCUAUUUAAAUGGAGCCCCUAAUUCUGGUGGUCCUCCUCCACCUGUUCCAUCAGUGCAAUUUCAGGCCCCUCUUAGAACACACACACACACACACACACACACACACACACACACACACACACAUGAAACCUAUGGGCAGCAAGACUUAGAUAGACUUAUGAAUCUGCAUAGAUUCGUAGGUAACAAAAUGCAUAGCUCAUUCCUGUGGGUCACAAACAGGAAGUCCUUGCAAUAAGAUGUUGUUACAUCCUACCGCUCACUACAAACUGAUGAUUUGAUUCAUAGCAAAGUAAAUAAAUACAACUAAAAUAUUAAAUAAAAAUACACUCCGACAUGAAAACUUCUAAAAAACUGAAUCUUCUGUAUGGCCGGAUCUAUACUACUGCUUUAAAGCAUUUUAAAGUGCUUUAAAACAGUUUUGAAAAUGGUAUAUAGAGUGUGUCCUGGGCCCCAACAAUUGUCAAAACUGUUAAAAAGCGCUUUAAAGUGCUUUAAAGUAGUAGUGUAGAUCCUGCCUAUGUUUCAGGUUUUUUUUUAUAUAUAUAUAUAUUGUCUCUGCCCCAAUACCAGGACAGCUAGCAUAUAACUUAUAUUAAUUUUAACUAAGCAUCUCCAGCACAGUGUUUGAAUGCUCCCCUGUUUCUUUAGUUAACAGUAGAUUGUCGUUCAGAGAAGCAAGCAAGACUGGCAGGUGAGAGAUGUACACAUUUAGUAGUUGGAGGGUAAUGAUUUGAAAAAAUUAGAAUGGAAAUGUGGAUAUGGCAAGACAAAGUCAGUGUGUAUAGGGACAAGGUGUAAAAUCUACAGAGAGGAAAACAAGGGGAUGCUUCCCUGAAAGUAUCCAUUAUGGAAAAUUGAGCAGAGAGAAGUAGAAGGAACUCUGACUAGGUUCCUCUUAUGUUUGUGGCCAAGCAUUACCAUACAUACACCAGAGCUCUCCAGGCUUACCCUUCUGAUGGCUUCUCUUUGCACUUGCAUUGAGGGAGGCUACAUGAGGGGCUGUGGUGGCAAAGGUAGAGGGGUACAGAAGCCCUGGAGUAUGUAUGGAAUAUAUCAAGCAUGAACAGAAGCUCCGCUUGUAGCUCUUUUGUUCCUGCCCACUAAAAUCAUGCAAGAACUUGCACCUAAAUUGCUUCUUACCUGGAAUCAAGUUAAAUCUUAAUCCUUCUUAAUUAUCUUACAGUAUACACACACACACACACACACACACACACACACACACACACACAUAUACAGAUUAGGAAACAGUGCUAAUGGAGUUUUUAUAUAUAUACUUGGUGAUAUAAUGCUGUAUUAAAGCAUAUUUUGGACAUCUCCUAUAGCCCGGUUAAACUCAAUGGUAUAUUUACAAUUCAGUUAAUUUAAUGUCUUUGAAAUCAGGUUUAAAUGCAAACAUGCUGCUUAAGUGUUUUUAAUCUCUGCCUCACUCUUUAACAACUCAUGUUGUGGGUGUACGUUGGGUUAAGUAUCUUUCUCAACACUAAUUUGCUGUCCCAUUUACUAUGAAUAUAAGCAUGUUAAUGAAGGAAUUGGCUGUUGGGCUUAUAGCUGAAGUAGCCACUUUAUCUUCCUUUGGUCUUAAUGAUUCAGGGUAAACGAUUUAUCAAGGAUGAUUUAUCUGGAGAGAAACGUAGCAUCAUGUACUGCAGUGCACUACAGUUUUGAAGAAUAGUUUAGAAGGAUUUGUUUUUCAUUUAUAUUGGAUCGCCUCUUCCUGCCUUUCCUGAAAUUUCCUAUUAUUACAGACUCCCAGGUAGGGAGGUUGCCAAGGUUUUUGAAAGAGGGAACAGUUCAGUGAAAGCCUGAAGGUGCUUUCUAAUGAGAAUGCCUGAUAAUUCCCACACAAGAUGGCUUUUCCUUGUUUUUCUUCAGUGGUGUAAAGUCUUGUGGUUGAGGUCUUACGAAAGUCUGACUGUAAUUUUAACCAAGCAUUUUGCAGAAUAUUUGUACAAAUACUGCAAACAACACCACAGUUGUCAAAAUGAAUGAAAUACAUUGUAAUGUCAUAUGCCUGCUUUUGUUUGCUUAUUUAUUUUGUGAUUUUAAAAAUGGAUUUUCAAAUCACUAGUGUGAAUUAAUGAGUUUUUAGUGUAGCUAUUGGAUUUCAUUUCCAUAGUUUCUGGCUUGUCUUCUGAAAAAUUUGAACUUGGAUACAUACAACAUAUUCCAUUUUUCUUUAUAUUAUUUUUUAUGAUGUGUGUAUCAUGUUUCGUAAAUAUUUGAAGAGGAUCCAGAGUGGAUCUAGGAUCAGCCUGCUUGAAUAUUUCAGUAUUAACUUGCUUUGUAUUUGUAAACUUGCAACCUAAAAUUUUGUUGGGUAGAAAUUAAAUUCUUUUGCAAGUUGCAGGGGAAUAGCUAUUAGCAUAUAGUUCAGAACUUUAGAAGGCAGAUAUGUGCUUGUGGUCUGAGUAUUUUGGUUGGUAAAAACCCGUAUGUAAUUUUUCCAAUUGAUAUGAUUAUUAAUAAAACAAGCUAUGUUUAUGUUUUCAUAAAUUCUGCUCAACAGAAGCCUUGCAACUUUUGGAAAUGCUUUCAUUUUUUGUUAGUGCAUGCUUGUUAGGUAUGUAGCACAUUUAACUACUCCCUUUGCAAAGAACAUGUCCUGAGAAAGUAUUACAAUUAAUGAAAAACAUCAUUAUGUUAAAGAUUUAACUUUCAUUAUUUUUAAACUACUUUGUUUCAGGGAAAUUUUCUAGUUGCUUUUGCUAUACAUAUAUAAAAGCAUUGUUUCCUUUUCAAUAAUAAUUUUAAAAAGAGAGAGAUCUUUUGGUAGCGAACUGAAGCAAGGAAACAUUUCUCAGAGUUGUUUCUUGCUUUCUUUAUCCCAGUGGAUGGAAAGGUUAAAAAAAAGUGUAAAUGUUUAUUUUAUUUUUUUAUGCAAUAUUGUUCUGUAAAUAUGAGUUAUCAAAUAAGGAUGUACUUAUGAUUGAAUCUUCGAUUCUGCACAGUUAGAGUUUAUAUAUAAAAAUAUAAAUGUGUCUUGACAAUCAAGGACUUACUGUCAGUCUUCCUUUAUGAUGUUUUAUUAAUGUUAUGCAUUCCAUUUGUUAGACUUGAGUACCAAUGUGGGAAUUUGUAUUGUCUGUAAAGUAUGUAAUGUUUUUACAGCUUGUUUUUAAACAAAAAAGGAAAAAAGAACCUUGUAUAUAAACAGAUUACAGUACUGCUUUAUAUCAGGAGGCAUAUGAUGUACUGUAUGUAAGCAAUAAUGCCUAACAGUGCUAACUUUACAAGUAGCAUAAGGAUAGUUCCAAAAACUGUUUGGGGGAGUUAAUAGCUUUGUUUAAGUUAAUGUUUUUAAUCAAUAAAUGCAACUUUUUUC